AAUGGUACGGCGCUGGCUGGCGAUGGAGAAGGGGGGGGCUGGGUGGUGGGCGGGGAAAGCGGCCCUGGAAGCUUCCUGAUUGCCGGAGCGAAGCUGCCAGUCUGCCCGGCUCCCCCAGUCAAGCAGAGCACUAGUGGAAGAGCCACACUUCUCGUCUCCCCGAGCCGGAGUGUGAGCCGUGUGUGCCCGGCGAGCAGCCCCACGCCCGGACGGUGCAGCGCGCAGCAGCCAGCCAGCGAGCCCCAGCCCCUUUCAAUGGAGGAGCAGCCCGGCCAGCCUCCGCAGCACAGCCAGCACCACCACCAUCACCACCACUACUACUACUACAACCACAACCACCACCACCACCUCCAGCAGAGCCCCUACCUGCAGCAUGCGGCCGAGCCCAGCCCCAAGGCCCCGCCGAAGCCGCUGCUGAAACAUGAGCACAAGCACGCGGGCCCGCAGCACCAGGACACGCCGAAGAAGAAAACAGGCUAUGGAGAGUUAAAUGGUAACGCAGGAGAAAGAGAAGUAUCAUUAAAGGGCCUGUGUGCUGAUGAAACAACCAACCCAUCUUCCAGGGUACCGAAUGGCAGCCAGCAACUUGUAGACACUAAUGUAAACCCAAAGCAGACUGUUAAGGCCAGCACCUUUGGGAAAGCUGGAAUCAAACCCAAGAACUUCAUUCAGAAAAACAGCAUGGACAAAAAGAAUGAAAAAAUUUAUGAGAAUAAACUUAGAGAAAAUCAAUCCUCAGACAAGCCAGAGGCAGUAUCUAUUCCAAAUGGUGUUGUAACAAAUAGUUCUGGUUAUAUCACUAAUGGCUAUGUAGGCAAAGGGGCAGAUAAUGAUGGUAGCGGGUCUGAGAGUGGAUAUACCACACCUAAGAAACGGAAAGGCAGGCGUAACAGUGCCAAGGGUUGUGAGAACUUGAACCUAGUGCAGGACAAAAUAAUGCAACAGGAGGUCAAUGCCCCAUCCUUAAAACAGGAACUUGAGAGUUUCAAGACUGACUAUAGUGAACAAAAGGGAAACCGAGUUGACAAUACUAGGCCUGUUUGGAAGUAUGAAGCUGGGCCUGGAGGGGCAGGUCGUGGGAAAACGGGGGUUGGGGAGGUACAACGAAAAAACUCUGAUGCCAAACCUGGGAUUAGCAGCAAAAAGUUUGAUGACCGGCCCAAGGGGAAGCAUGCGUCAGCGGCUGCAUCAAAAGAGGACUCAUGGACCCUGUUUAAACCACCCCCAGUUUUUCCAGUGGACAACAGCAGUGCUAAAAUAGUUCCUAAAAUAAGUUAUGCAAGCAAAGUUAAAGAAAACCUCAACAAAGCAGCUCAGAACCCAUCUUCGUCUCUGUCUUCUUCAUCAUCGUCUUCAUCUACUGGAGAAACGCAGGCCCAAAUGCCGAGUCGACUGUCCCAAGUGCCCAUGUCUGCUAUGAAGUCUGUUACUUCUGCUAGCUUUUCGAAUGGGCCCAUUUUAGCAGGGACUGAUGGAAAUGUAUAUUCUCCAGGGACCCAGCCACUGCUCACAACUGCUGCUAGUACUUUAACAUCAACCUCGUCUGAGUCCGUACACCAGGACAUAAGUACAACUUCAACAGCCGUUGAACAAAAGAAGUCUAGCCUUUUUAUCUACCCUUCAAAUAUGCAAUCUGUGCUUUUGGGCGCAGCACAGGUAGAUCUGCCAUCUCAGACAAAUCAGCAGAACCUGGGGGAUAUCUUCCAGAACCAGUGGGGUUUAUCAUUUAUAAAUGAGCCCAGUGCUGGGCCUGAGACUGUUCUUGGGAAAUCAAUGGAUAAUAAAAUAAUGGAAGUGACAUUUCAAGGGGAAUAUCCUGCCACUUUGGUUUCACAGGGUGCUGAAAUCAUUCCCUCAGGAACUGAACAACCUGUGUUUCCUAAGGCUUAUGAGCUGGAAAAACGGACUAGCCCUCAAAUACUUAGUGGUAUUAUAAAGCCUGGGACUGCUAGUGAGAUUGGAGUCUUGUCUUUGGAGCCACAUCACAUAGGUGACCUGCAAAUGGCAGAAACCAGUAGCCAAGGUGCUUUAGUGUUCCUCUCAAAGGACUAUGAACUAGAGAAUCCCUUGGCCUCUCCUACGAACAGUUUGUUAGCCUCCACCAAAGAUCAGAGGUGCCAGAGAGGCCUAGGAAGGAAAGAUAGCUGGGGCUCUUUUGACCUGAGGGCUGCUAUUGUUUAUCACACUAAAGAAAUGGAAUCUGUUUGGAAUUUGCAAAAGCAAGAUCCCAAAAGGAUAAUCACUUACGAUGAAGCCAUGGAAUGUCCAGAUCAAUGAAGGUAGCAGGACAAGACUGCCUGUUACAACCUUUCUGCAGUGUGAUGCUGUUCACAGGGGACAAAAGGCUUUUAUGCGCCUUCUAAAUCUUCAGUGCAGCAGAGGAACCAUAACUAGAAUCACAGGAUAAUAUAUACAAAUUAUAUAUAGUUAUUUAAAAAAUGGCAACUGAAAGUAAUUAGACUUCUUAAGGAAUCUGAAAAUUUAUUUCAACAGACUUCACACGUGAUUAUUUAAUCUCCGGUACUGAAUAGGUUUUUUUAGUUUUAUUUUUUGUUUUUGUUUAAAGAGCGAAUGCAAAUGAUUAACGAAUACAGACUCAGUUCACAAGCCUGGUUCUAAAGUUCCUGCUGUCAUCAACGUGGGCAACAGUGACCGUUGGAGAGGCAUUUCCACUUUACAAGGUUUCUGUUUCUGUUGUUCUGUGACUGUAGUGAUACACUAAUCACAGGGAAAUUGGGAUGUUUCACCAUCCUUCAUCUCCCCUUCCCCUCCACCUCCUUUUUGUUUUAUUUUGUUUUACUUUGAACCCUGUGCGAAUGCUGGAGAAACGCCUUGAAGUUUGCAGGGUUUCCUUUUUUCCAGAGAAUAUAAUCUGCAUGUCUUGCCAGGAGUCAAACAGCCCAUCAGGUGCUGAGAAAAUUGUCUUAAAGCAUCGUUCUUCUGGGGGGAAGAUUGUAAUUCUGCAGUUCUGGGAUACACGUUGGUUUUACAGAGUUGACAAAACUCCGGUUACAUUUUGGACUAUUACAACUGAAGCGCUCUUUCACGAGUGUCAUUUUAAAAGACAACAUGCAAAACAA